AUGCCCGGCGUUGUUAAAUCUACGGCUUGCCAGGCGUGCAAGCUCCGUAAAAUCAAGGCAAGCUAUGAGACCCAGAACCUGCAACGGUUGAGCGACAUGGCUAACCUUUUUUCCUUUGGCGCUGAAUCUAGUGUGAUCAAAAUUGGCCAGCAUGUACGCAGUGUACCCGGAAACACUUGACAUGUUCUGGGCCAAGCUCCCUUCUCAAGUUUGUCAAUAACGACCAGAACCAGGUCCAAAGAGAUCUCCCAAUAGAGCAUGCGGAGGGCUCGGGGGUUUUGAAACUCCGUCAAAGCAGACCAUAUCGCUUGCCUAAGAGAAACAAAGAUCCCUCGGGGGCUGAGAGCCAAUCCCCACAAGCUCUUGGUCACUACAACGCCUUUCGUUUUCAAACCUCGACCCCCCGCGCGGAUCUCACCACGAGGGCGGACCGUGUUGCCUCCCGCCUCGUCCACCACAUUAAGGGCGAGCGAGACUGGGGUUGGGUCUUCUCGAUGCAGUACCUCCAGCACUUGCCGAAACGGCUGUCAGAAAGCCCAAGCCUGCGAGACACGGUGGCCCUCUUUUGCUCUGUAUUGGGAGACUACCGUCGUGGCAGGGAGGCGAGUGAGUUCCUAACUCUUCCUUCCUACGGCAAGGCUCUCAAUAGCCUGCGGAGGGCGUUAAAGACAGGUCAAGGUUUGAAGAUCGAGACUGUGGCAUCGAUUAUGAUGCUGGAGCGUACGGAGAGCGUAUUUGAUCGAGGGCGUAAUAAUAUAUGCCUGACACAUACAGAGGCCAUUGCGACCAUGAUUCAAAAGAUAGGGCCUCCGAGGGCUGAUAAUCAACUUCACCUUGGUUUGGUUAGUGACAGCUAUGGUACCUUGGUAUGUCGAUUAUUUUCACACACGCAGACUAUGUACCCUGGUGUGUGGAACAUUGCUGACUGUUAAAUAUACAGGCCGUUCACUUUUUGAAGACAGGUCGUGAUAAUUUCUUGUCUCAAGACCCGUGGAAAGGGAUCAUUGAAGAAAACAUAUCUUCUUUGCUCGAGAACAAAGAGGCCCAGCCGCAUCUAAAAAUGCUCCUCGUUUUAUGCAACGAAGGCUUUGGCAACUUGCCGAAAUUUGUGCGACGCUGCCAGAUGGUCCAUUUCGGAUCUCGAGACUCCGAAUCGGCAGAGAAGGCUGCGCAAUUGAUGUGCAGCCUCGCAGACAUGGAGAGGGCUCUUGAGUUCGCAUAUCUUGAAUUAUUUGAGAAGACCGCUGAUUUGGGCCUGAUAUGCGACAGGACCGAUCCCAACUCCAUCACCGGAAGCAGCUACGAGCUCUCAUCCGUCUACCUGGCUCAAUUUUUGGUGUCGUCACUCGGCCUCCAGUUCUACAUGCUGCGAAUGCUCUAUGACUGUAGCAUCGUCUAUGAUCCAGAUGAAACUCCUGGCCUCUAUGUCAAGCUCACAGAAUUAUGCGUGAAGGUCUGGAAGUUCGCCCCAUAUCUGAAAAGCCUGGAGGCUUGUGUAGCUUCUAGCACAAUCAGCAACCUUUUCCCGACUUUGGAAUUUGCGAACGUAG